UGCGCUGCUCACCUCUGCGCGCCACCGCUGAACGAAAGACAGAAGUUGUGUUGUUGUUGUCAGGAUGUGUCGCCAGUGUUUUGUGAUUUAAACAUGUCGUGUGCAGCUGUGGAUUGUACUAAUCGUCCCUCACCAGGGUCCAGUAUUAGUUUUCAUCGUUUCCCAUUAGGUGAUAAAGAUCGGCUGCAUCGGUGGAUGGCGAACAUGAGACGUCACAAUUUCAAGCCAUCUCCAUAUUCGCGCAUAUGUUCCCAUCACUUUGAAGACAGCUGUUUCUACAAGAACAACAAAGGUCAAGUGUGCCUUGCUAAAACGGCUGUUCCCACCAAAUUUUCAUCCCUGACUCCUUUAAGAUGGCAUGGUCCAAAUUAUAUAAAAGGCGGAAGAAAUAUGGAAAAUUAUGAAAAUCAUGAAUUUCAUACUUACAGUCUGAAAAGUGAUUCCAAAAGAAAGUUUGUGGAGGAGGAGGUCGUUUUAGAUGAGUUUGUGAAAGAGGAAGACGCUUCGGAUCCGGACAUGGAUGAAUCCAGUGGGACGCCAGUGAUUUAUCCCACUGAAAUAUGUGUCACUGCAGUUAGACAUGAUCACUGCUACCGUUCUUGGUCUUCAGACUCAAUGGCAGAAAAGCAAGAGAUCGAAUCGGCAAAGAAGCUGAAGCACAAUUUGAACUUGGUCCUGGGAAAGAUGGAGGCCUGCAGAAAAAAAAUUAAACUGAAGAACGCCACGAUUAAAAGGUUAAAGAGAAAAGUGACCUCGCUGUCCUCUGUUAUUUCAGAGUUAAAAGCAAAAAAUCUCAUAGAGACCAAAAAAAUUGACAAGGUGACGUUCAGUUUUGAGUGAGGAUUUAUCAGAUGAAAUAUGAAUAUUUUGUCUCUCACAGCUGAAAGGAUCUAGAUCACGGGCUCCAGCCUAAAGCUGUAAAAAAAACUCGGCUUGGAUGGGGAAGUGGUGUUUUGUUCUGCCAGCGUUUUCCCAGUCAUUUCCACCGUUCCGCAGCAGACACAUUGGUCGAUAAUGCUCGGGAAAUGACCUGAGAAGUCGAUUUGUUCAGGAGGAUGAAGAGAUCUCAGAUGAAGAGAUAUCAGAAGAACACAUAAAAAAUAGCACCUUAUUAGGCGACAUGCAAGAAGCCCUGCAAGAACCAGCACAAAUGUCAACAUGGAUGGUGCUUGUGUCACUGUUUUUCUCAGGGAUGUUGAAAUGUAGUUCUGUAAUUACAUGAUUCAUUUGUUGGCGGCUUAUGUUCCGCGUCCACUUUUUUAUGUUGUACAGUUUGUAAUUUUCUUAAUAAAUAUUCAA